AUGUCCCAGCGCCGCGGUAUCUACGCGGCCUCCAACUGCGGCGCAAUCGCCGGCGCCGGUGCCGGUGCUUCAAGCGCCGCUUCCCCUCCCCUUCCGACUUCGUUGGUGAACGGCGAUGCCACGCCUCACCGGAACCAACUCCAUGACUCGCCGCACCUGGAAAAGGAGAUAGUCUAUGGAUGGUAUGCUGAGGCCUUGGUGAAAUCUCUCAACCUCUUGAAAGUCGACUCCCACCCUGAGGUUCAGCAGCAAGUCGACUCCCACCCUGAGGAUAGUACUGGAGCAAAUGGCCCUCCCCUCCUUGAAUACCAUAUUAUUCUCUCUCGACUUUUCACAUCUGCAGUGUCUGUUCCAAGGAUGCAGAAAUAUCCAGAAGUUCUUUGCUAUAUACUUGAUUGUUUGUCGAACAUAUGGACUCAAUCAGAAUGGAAGGCCAACUUGAUCAAUGCGUUCUGCGAUUGUCGGUUCAGAACAUCUGUCCUUAAUGUCUUUGUAUUCUUUGAGAAAGAGCUUGAAUUGUGUCUAAAGGGAAACUCUAGUGAAAUAGACCAAGAAAGCAGUAUAAGUUAUGCAACUUUGACUAACUUGUUGCGGUUGAUACUGCCCACUCUCUUAACGCUGCUUCAGUAUAUGCAAGCUCUCUGGACAAAAGCAGUCGCUUCUAAUAUACCGGAUGUACUCGAAGGUGCUAAAAGUAUGGUGUUCUCCGAAGGGCCAGGGGAGACUCUAAAAGUGCAAAACAUAGACAAGGAAGAACAGGAACAGAAUGCAAUAAGAAAUUGGUUAGAAACAACUCGCCAAAUUGGGUACAAUGUGAUUGGCAUGUGUGCACAACUUGAGGGAGUGUUUGAUCUAUUUUUAGAUAGUUCAGCUGUAUGUGGCAGCCUGAUGAAAGAUAUAAGUUCGAUGGGAUUUCAUCAUCUGACUUUACUCAUCCAGUCUACCAUUAUUCCACUGGUGAAAAAUUGUCCUAAAGAAUGUUGGGAAGAAUGGGUUGUUGAGCUUCUGUAUCCGGUGUUUGACUAUUUCCAUAACACACUUUAUGAGUCAUGGUGUGAUUUUUUGCAUGAGGGUUUAGUGCAAGUCCCUGAUACCAUUGUUUAUGUUUCUGCAUCGGAAGACAAGGCCGAUGGCAAAACGGUUGGGGGCCUCCCCCACUGUUCCCAGUCAAAAAAAAAUAUAGAGAAGGAUGUUCUUGUCCAGUUGACCCAUGCAGCGUCGGAUUUGCUUGCUGUAAUAGCAUCCCCAGAAUUAAAUGGUGGGCUAGGCCUUACUACAUGUACACAGUUGGAUUAUAUUUGUUCAAGCUCCCUGGUUGGGUAUGUCCUACAUCAUGAUGGCCUUAGACUUCUGGUCUUAAGUUUAAUCUAUUACAUAUUUGGAGCAUGGAAGGAUGACAAAGCAAUAAUUACAUCAGUGCCAUUUUGUUGUCGAAUUGUACAAAUUGCUAAAGCUACACGUCGUGAGGAACUAAUAUCUUUCGUUAAAGAUGAUAUGAUUUCUCAUGUCAUUCGGGGUUUAACUCUUGAGUCAAGUUUGAACAGUACUAUACUUACUGAUCUUUGUCGAGACGCAUAUAAGUGUGUUCAAAAUCAGGAUUUAGUGUGCGGAGGAAAAUACAAUGGAAGCAGUGAAGAAAGCACUGAAGAAACCGCUGAAGAAAUCUUUCAAAGUUGGUUGUCCAGGCAAAUAUUUGAUGUCCGUUGUAGAAACACACCAUUUGGUGAUCAGGAUGAAUUUGUGCCAACAUGGGGGGAUGAAGACGAAUUUAGGGCUUAUAUUCCAGCUUAUAUCGACAUGUUGCAUCAAGUGGAUGAAAUGGAUGACUGCUUGAAGUGGGGUUAUUGUUCUCCGAGGGCUUUCUUUAAGAAAUUAAAGCCCGACUUUGCAUCGAGAUAUGAUAUUGAUAGCGAAUUUCAUGAUUAUGACUCGACCAUGUCAGUAAUAUUCUCGCGCAAAAUUUCUGUAAAGCAUUGGCAGAGUCAGAAUGAUCAAAUGUACAAGUUCUUUUGUGAACUCAUUAGUUUGAAACCUUAUAUUCAGCAGCAUUCUAGUUAUGAUAAGAGUGUGCUGAAACUUGUGAAAAAUUUGGAGGUGUGUCCUGGUCUUGUUGAAUUUCUUAGGGUAUCUGCACUUGAGAAAUUCUGUGCAAUAUUAUCUUUGUGGGAGCCCCAGUUCCAUCCUAUGAUACGUGAGGGUCACAGGGAAGUGCUCAGAGAAAUAUUUCUUCACUUGACUCGUGUAGAAACAUUAACUUUUCUGCAGCCAUUGCAACCAGAUUUAAGUGAUUUUCCGGUGCAUCUGCGACCUUACGCAAUGAAUUAUAUUGAAGAUGAAAAUAAAAAGUAUCAUAUGGCAAAAGAACAAGCAAGAUUGCAUGAAAAGUUCGAUGAACUUGUGGCUUCAUCUGCAUUAGAUCAUUACAUCUGCAAGGAUGAUGCACUAGAGGCUGUUCUUAAUGAUGAUCGUGUACACAGUCAGUUCUCAGUUCUGGAUCAUGAUCUCAUUAAGUUGUCUAUUAAGCGAAGAGCCAAACUUCUGGGUAGGAAGGAACAAUUAUGUUCAUAUUCCAAACAUUUGAGACAUGUUGUUGGCAGUGAUCAGCUGAAUAUUGGACUUCAAAGUUUGAUGAGUGAGUUGGAGGCCAAAGACUUUUUCAACAUCACUGAUGAUUCUAUCGAUUGGGAUAAGAAAUGUUUUUCAGAACUUGUGGACAAAUUCAACAUGCAAGUUUUUGCUAGGCUCCAUCUUCCAGAUUAUGAUGUUAUUCGUGGAAUUAUGGAUUAUCGGGCAAUGUCAGCUAUGAAGGAUGCCUCAUGUUCAUGGGACCAUGUUUUUGAAAAGGUUGUUGGCGCACCAUAUCGUAGGUGGAUACAAAACAUUCCUAUGUUUUGGAUGGACACAAGAUACUAUGAGCACCAGUACUAUGACAUCAUUCAACAACCAUUGAAAAAGAUAUGGACAAAAAGAUUCUCAACUGGAGCAUAGGUGCAAGUUGCGUGACCACCCGUGCCAUUUACUCUACGGAAUACUUGCCACUGAACCCCCAGCUUGAGUGAUGGUUUCAUCUGAUGUAGUAGUGAGUUGAGUUGGAACAAUUGUGUUUACUCUUUUUUUUGAGAUGGAACACUGACAUUCCAUUAACCUUGGUCGGCCGAAUUGCUGUACAUGGCCCUAGUUACAUCCAUAGGUAAAGCAUCUAAGCACACACGGUGUAAACCUAUUGGUUCAGGUGCACCCAUUGCCGCCAGCAGAUG